AAGGGCAGGCUCGAGCCGCCGACCCGGGCGAGGGCGCCGGCCCCAGGUUAAAACCCUAGCUGAGGAGGAGGAGGUCGUGACCUCACCCCGGCACCUCGCGGCCGCGCCUGUUGCCGAAUGGAGGGAACGGCCUUGGCCGUGUGCGAGAUUUUGAAAUAUUUGAUCAUUCACUGGAAAUGUCAGACAACAAUAUCAAAGAGAGCAUUGCUAGAAGGGCAGCUCGUGAUUUCCAUAGAAGCAUUAAGUUCUAAGCACCAGCCACAUUCUCUUCAUUGUAUAGCAACCAUUAGUUCUGCAGGGAGCAUAUGUGGUGGUUUGGUCCUUAAGAAGUUUCUAAAAGAAAUACAAUCUAUACUGCCCAGAUUAUCUGCAAAGCUGACUUGCACUUCGGAAGAAAGCAACUGUUUUCAAGACACAUCAAGAGUAACACCCUUCCAGAUAAUUUUUGAGGUUGAUGAAAAGCUCAGAACUUUGAAGACAGGUUGCCUGGUUAUAAAGCAGUUUUUACACAAAAUUGUCAUAGUACACCACAAGAUAAGGUUUAAUUUCAAUGUAAAGGUAAAUGGAAUCCUCUCCACAGUCAUCUUUGGGAUAGAAAACGAACCUACUUUGAGCCUAUCCAAUGGAAUUGCUCUUGUCACAGACAAUCAGCAUUAUAUGAGUAAACCAAAAUUGAGUACAACUGAGUCACACUGCAGCAGAAUCCACCCAGUGCUAGGACAUCCAGUAGCACUUAACAUCCCUGAUGACAUGGCUGGCAUGGACUUGUUAGGACAACUGGUACUGACUCCAGCUGCUGCUCUGUGCCCCAGCCCAAAGGUCUUUCCCAGCCAUCUGAACAGGAUUGCUUCAGUUUCCAUAUUUCUAUAUGGACCUUUGGGUCUACCUCUGAUAUCAUCAAAUCAGGAGCAGCCAAGCACCACUGUCUUCAAAGAUACCUCUUACUUCAUCAACUGGAAGAAGUACCACUUGUGUAUGGUGCCUAAUUUGGAUCUCCAUUUGGAUAGAGACUUUGUGCUUCCGGAUGUGAGUUAUCAAGUGAAAUCCAGUGAGGAGACUCAGCCUCAGGAUGUGGAUCCUCAGGGAUCAACUCUGCUACUUUUCCUCUUUGUGGAUUUCCGCAGUGGAAUUCCAGUCCAGAAAAUGGAAAUCUGGGGAGUCCAUACAUUGCUCACAGCUCAUCUCAGUGCCAUUCUCAUGGAGAGCCACAGCAUGGUACAAGAUUCUAUCCAGAUAACUGUGGACCAGGUCUUGGAGCAGCAUCACCAGGCUACCAAGGCUCAGCAGAAUCUGCAAGCCUCUCUCGCAGUGGCUGUGACUUCCAUCAUGAGUGUGGUGACUGGAAGCACCUGUAGCAGCUUCCGACGGACAUGUCUCCAGGGGCUUCAGGCAGCUGACACACAGGAGUUUGGAACAAAACUGCACAAAAUAUUUCAUGACAUCACCCAGCACCGAUUUCUUCACCACUGCUCAUGUGACAAGGAGCAGCAGGUGACCCCAGAGAGAAGGGACUCAGCACAGCGCACUGAGGACGCACUUGAGAAGAGCAGUGCACAGUUCCUUGCAGACACGGGCGGGCAAGUAGACAAGAAGAAGCUCAAGAGCAGCUUCCGCCAGGGCGCAGAGGAGAUGCACUCUGCCCGAGACCUGGGCCCGCCGCAGGCCACCGUGCGCCGCCUGGAGCCCCCCGCGGCCUCCCUUACAGCGAGCGGAGGGCAAGCCCGCGCGGCAGCGGGCGAGGCCAGCCUCGGGAGCAGCCUGGAGGACACGCUGUGGCUGCAGGAGGUCUCCAAUCUGUCGGAGUGGCUGAGUCCUGGCCCCAGGCCCUGAGUCUCGGGCGUGGGUGGUGGGGGGUCAGGAGGCCGCGCGAGGUGUGUGUACUCGGUGGUUUAAUAAAGAUGCUCCUCGCGAA